AUGUCUGAAAAAGAUAGUCAUUUGAAACAAAGUGUUCAUAGUCAGAGCAAUGACUCAUUCUAUCCGACACAACAAGAAUGGGAACAGUAUACAAAUGAGCAGAGGUUAUCUUCUAUUCAUGAUUGAUUAUUGGAGAUGUAUCUCAACUUGAAACUUCGCAACUUCCAAGAUAAGGGAGCAACCAUUGAUAGUGAAAAAGUAGACAAAGAGCUGGACAAACUCAAAAAUGUGAACUCCAUCCAACUUCUUGAAUACAUAAAAUCGUCAAUUGAAAUCAUAAUAAAGCUAAAAUUAGAAGAAUCUGAGAACAAAAAUAAAUCAUCAAAACAUGGCAAGAACAACCUCUCUGGUUCUUCUCAGGUCCCUGAAGAGUAUGAGGAGAUUAUCCAGAAGUUAGAAGCUGAGGUCAGAAACCACAUCUCGGUCCAACAACAGAUGAAACUGUACAUCGAGAGUUAUCAGUCAAAAAUUGAAGAGCUUGAGAAGUUUGAAAGUGAAUGUGAUAUAAUGGCUAAAGAAAUCACUAAUAUUAAGAGCAGCAAUAUGAAAUUAGAAAAAGAACUUGACUCUUACAGAAAUAUACAUAAAGAAAAAUAGAGCAGAAUGGAAACUCAAAGAACAAGGAUAUGUCAAUUCGAUCAAUAAAGGCAAUGCUAAACAGAAAGUGCUUGAGGAAAAAGUCAAAGAGCUUGAAACCUUUUUGAUCACUAACAAAAAUAUUCAAAAAGAUGGCAAAAUGCCAAGAAGUGACCUUAUACUUCUCAAAGAUGAAUCUCAGAAAGCUGUGAAGAAUAAUAAAUUAAAAUACCUGUUAAAGGCAAUUCCUAGUGGUAGUACUAAAACUAGCAGCAAUGAAAUGCAUGAUCCAUUGAUUUCUUUCUCUGAUAUGUCUACUAAGAUUCCUGAUAAGUCUAAGCCAGGAUCAAUGAAGAAGAAUAAUCCUUACAAAAUAGAGUAUUUUAAAAACCAUAAAGAUGCUUGUGAAUUGUCAUUCACUCAUAAAUCAUGCCAUCAUAAUUCCAUUGACGAUAGCCAUAAGAGAAGUAAAUCACAUGCUUCUCAUAGUUUGAAAGGAAAAAUAUGAAAAUCUCAUGACCAGACCUUCUUUAUUGAUCCUCAUGCUCAGAACUCUGUAAAUACAAGGAAGAGUUACAAUUUAGUCAAUGAAUACCUUGAGAAUCCGAAUAAGCAUUUUGAUUAUUACCUUGAUAACCAGAUAAGGGGAAGUGGAAAAUCAAUUACAAAGAAAGAGAAGGUUAUAAACUAUCCAGCUAAAGCUUUCAUAAAAGCCUCAGUAACACAGAUGUCUAAGAAACGGAUAGCUAACAAACGCAUCUCAGCUAAAAAGAUGAAUUUUAAGUCCUUUGACCAAAGGAGGGCCUUGACUAAAAUUGAUCAUCGUGAACACAGUUUAGAAGACCCUCCAAACUACUCCUACUCAAAUCCUCUUCGUUCAUCUAGCGUGUGUCAUAAGAAAUCCAUGAGUAACGAUCGGCUCAGUGGUGCAAGACCAAAGACUAACAAAACAGGAAUCAGGAAGAGCAAGCCUAUUGCAGGUAAAUCAAGUUCCCACAGAGGAAAGAAAGGCAAACAAAAGGCUAACAUGACCUCUCUUCAAAAAGCAUCUGUAGCUCAAGCCAUGAUGACCCUUGCUAAAGCAGUAAAGAAUAGUAGAUAAUUCAUAUACAUCCCACAUCCAAAUUUUCAAGC